UCCUCUUCCCCUACCCGACUACUCCACCCCACUGCUGCACCUCGCCUCUUGCCACCACCGGGGCCGGUGGCAUCUGCCUCCGCCCCGCCGCGGCCGCGGCCGCACUUCCGCCGCGGCGCGGCACGCCCUCACCUUCCCGGCUGUCGGCCUCGGCGUGGGGAGAUCAGAUUGCCGGAGAGGAGGGCGGAUAGGAGCACGAGCGCAGAUGGGGGCGCUGCCCAAGGAGGAGGGUGCCUCCGAGGCGGAGUUGUCUCCAGCGGUAGAUGUCUCCGCGGAGGGGACCCUGGUCUGGCUGCGACGCCCCAACGGCUCCUGGUGGCCCAGCAUCGUCAUCUCGCCACAAGACGUUCCUGUCGGCUGCGCCGCUCCGCCACGCUGCGCCGCCACCCCCAUCAUGCUCCUCGGGCGACGCCGCGACGGGCCAACCUUCGUCGACUGGUGUAACCUCGACCGGUGCAAGCGCGUCAAGCCCUUCCGCUGCGGGGAGCCCGACUUCGAAGAGCGCAUCACCAACGCCCUCGCAGCAACCGGCAACAAGACCAGCUGGAACUACAACAAGGGCAGGUACGCUCGCAUGGAGGACGCCAUUCUCCAGGCCCUCGACAUUGAGAGGGAGCGCAAACUGGAGCCAAGAAGCAAGACCUACCUUCAUGGUGGUACCUGCUCGCCCGACCCCAAAAUUGAAAUGCCCAACGGACAAGUCAAAGAUGCUGCAGCAAGGGAUCCUUCUACUGACAUCCAACCGCCACCACCACUGCCUCCGCCCAAGAGGAAGCGCAAGACGCCCUAUGACUCUGAGGACGAUGUGCCCAAAGGGUCCCGCCGUAUGAGGGACCUCAGGGAUAUCGGAUCCAAAACUGUUCCCCCAACGGACAUCCCCCAUGCCGGCACAAUCUCUGCUCCCAAGUAUGAUGAUCUGCCUAAUGUUGACCAGGUGAAAACAAGUAUGCUGUCUCCUGCCUCCGCAAAGAGGAAGCAUGCAGCUGUGCACCGGGACCAACCCUGUGGAAUUCCCAGGAAGAAGGAUAGGUCCCGACCUCUAUCAGAGCUUUGCAACGGAGACAUUUGGAAUGGUUCCGGAUCAAAUGACCACAAUGACAAUGAACAUUUCUUGAGUGUGUCUACUUGUUCAAGCAGCUCUUCUGGCACUUCAACCUUGGAUUCUUCGUUGGACAUCACCAGCUGUCAUCGCCAUGCCGCAUUCAAAACAGAUCAAGCAAAGGGCACGGAGACAUCCUGCAUGACCAGGUUACUCACAGAUGAUUUCCGUCAUGGGGGUGAUUUUGUCGAAACUCCCCUUGCUGGACGAAGUACCUUGGAACCAGAUCAUUUGCAGAAAUAUCAACUUUGUGGAUUGGCAAAGCACCCUACCUGGAAACAUAAUAAGCAAGCUAAUGACUGCAGCAAAGCUGUGACAUGUGACCGCAAAAAUAUUAAGAUGAGAACCAUAAGCUCUGUUGAUCAGGAGGUCAACAAUAGGACAAGAGACUCUGAUAAGCACGAACACCACAAAGCAAGGACAGUAAAGCACAAAACACCAAGAGAUGAGGUUGUCCUUUUGGAGAAAAGGCUGGACAAGCGUUCUUUGAACAAGACCUCUGGAGCUGAUGGUAAACUGCAUCUUGCCGUGAUUCCUACUGAUUUGGAUUGUGUUGGUGCAGUUGAGCAGCAAGGUUCUAAAAGCAAGCAUGAUCCUGAAGAAUCAUCAGAAACCAUAAGCAACCGCUCAAAUUGUGAUAGUGGUUCAGUAACAUCUCUGGUGUUUGAGCUGCCGCUACAGGUACUGCCGCCCCAAAACAAAGCAUGGGAUCUUGAAAGAUGCCAUGCAGUGAAGCCAAUCAAGACAAUGCAUUUGAAUUCCGUCCUUUAUGAUGUGGAGUUGAGUGUCCUGGGGAGCAGCAACAAGGGGCGUCGUGUGCCCCUUGUUUCUCUUAUGAGUAAGUGGAACCGUAAGCCCGUUGUGGGGUAUCCAGUCUCCGUGGAGGUCCGCGACGAUGUGUUUGACCAUCCUUUAUCAAGUAGAGAUGACCAGCAUCCAGUGACAGGCAGUGUGGAUGGAAUGAUACUGAAGAGGGACGAAACACAUCCAGUGACAAGCAGUGUGGAUGGAAUGAUACUGAAGAGGGAUGAAACUGAGGGCCUGCAAUGCCUUGUGCCACCACCGCCACAGGCAUGCCGGGCAAAACCCAAAAACCGCAGCAGAAAGACCUCUGAGAAAGAAGUGGACAAGUUAUGGCAGCCGCAUACGAAAAAGCCAGCGUCCUCAUCAAGAAAGAUGCGGAGGCUUUCCUCUUUUGCUUCGGGUCAGAGAGAUGGCGACGACAGGAAGUCGGCGGUGGGGAAAGUCUCCAGAGCAACCGUCGCGUGCAUCCCGCUCCGAGUUGUUUUCAGUAGGAUUAAUGAAGCCCUAAGCUUCCCAGUUAAAUGAGGAUGCCCAGGCUGAGUGGGCUGCCUGGGGGGAGUUGAGGGGGCCUCUGGUCCUAUGUGUUGCUGUUGUGGCCAUAGCGUUGGAAAACCGCUCGAGUGUGGCCUAGUAUAGUAUGGUGAUGGAUGUAUCAUGUGGAUGUGUUUUGAACCACAUCACAUUAGAGGUAGUAGAUAGGCCGUGCUGGAGGCACCCUGGCCGGCUUAAAACAACAUUUGAUGAUGGGCACAUGAUCUGACGGUGGGAGCAAAUAACUAGUGUAGUGUUCUGCUCCCGGUGUUGGUGAUGCAUCGCUGUGCUGUACUUCCCGUGCUGUUUGCAGCCCUGAGUUGGUGAUCUUUACUUGUUUAUUAUUA